CUGAGUUGGUCGCAAUCAUUGUUUCUCUGCAGCAUUAACCACAUUCCAGAGAGGCGCAGCGCAUCCUGUCUACAUCCUCGCAUUCCUUUUACGCGAACGAGUCCCCUGUGUAAAACGGCGUUUUAAUCAAAUUGCCGUGCGCUUACUGAAUUCAGAUUGAUAUACAACGGGUAUUUAUGGCGCAUCCGAUUAUCUGGCCUACUUUAAUUUCCAGCAUAUUGAACGUGAGCGAAACUAGAGGAAAAACCAACAAGGCGAAAUUCCUCCGCGCAGCGCGCCAUUGACUGUAAAGACCUUUCAACUUAACAAAAACUGAAGUUGACAAACGUAUCCCUGUCGGCAGAAACUGUGAGAAAGACUUUGCUUUCUCUGCGAGGGAGGCAAAGCAGAAGAAGACGAUGCGGCACGCGGUGGAGAUUUUCUGAGUACGUUGGAGGCUUUUUUUCUGUAAAUGAGCGACGGCUGUACCGCGGCGUUUUGUUUUGAUUUCCAUGUGAAAUGCAAUUAGUGCUCCGCGGUGCUCGCUAGGUUUGGCUCGCGGAGCGGAGCACACUCUGAACUUGUUUCUCGCCUCAGGAGCACAACAUGGAGCACAACAUGGAGCACUACCAGGAAGAUUUGGGACUCCGGGCCAGUAAAUUGAUGGAGGACCUCUCCCUGUACGAUGCGUAUAAGGAUGGGAUGUACAACGCGAGGAGAGACCUGGUGAUUAACCCCGAUUUAGACUUUUCGGCUCCGGCUGUAGCGGAGCACAAGAGCACGCCGAUGAAUGGCACAUCUGUGCUUCACCAGCAGCAUCACACAGUGGAGAAUUUCACGUCUGGGAAUAAAGUGUACACCGCGGCUCCGGUGCGCCCCGUGAACUGCAACCGGGCCGUUCCCGUGGAUUUUUGUGCCCCUCAGAGAGACGCGGCUUACGCCGAGGAGGGCUGCUGCACCAAAUCCGAAGUGGCUCUGCCGUGCUACACGGGCGCCUCCGAGAGGCACAGGAGGUACUCUCUGGAGGUGCAGGGCCACAGGUACAGCACCGGCUCCGCCUUCGACGGCGUGCCCCUCAACAAGCCGGCGGCGCUGCCCGGCAACAGGUGCAACAGUGUCUGCAUCACCAGCAGCCACGACGGGAGGUACAACGCCACCAGUCCCCGGUCCAGCUUAGCGUCGUCCCUGUCCUCGCAAGAGCAGGGCAAGCACGCCAGCCCGAGGUCGAGCAUCAGCAGCCCGCGCACGAGUUUGGUGGUGCCGGGUCAGGACAGGUACUCGAGCCCCAGGUCCAGUUUAGUGCACUGCGAGGGCAACAGCGUCCUCAGUCCCAGAUCCAGCUAUGCAAGCACCGCCAGCGACACGAGUAAGCACUCCAGCCCACGGGCCAGCCUCAACAGCUGCGACUGCUGCAGCAAGCCCAGCAGCAACCGCACCAGCGGCAUCAGCAUGGGCUACGACCAGAGGCACGCCAGCCCCAGGUCGAGCACGGCGAGCCAGUACUCCUUCACCACCAGCCCGAGAUCCAGUUACUCCGAUUCUCGGUACGGGCCCGUGGUCAACCACGAUCUGGAGGGGGCGAUUUUGCACGCAGCGCCGCUGGCGAGCCCUCGCUCGAGCAUCUGCAGCCAGGACGGGAGCGCGAGACCGGGGACCACCGCGAACUGCGUGGUCAGUCCGCGGUCCAGCAUCUCCAGCCACAGCUCCAGGAGUUCCCGCAGCUCCAGGGGGUCUAUGAGCACCUACCCAGACCUGCAGCUGCCCUCGCCGCGGUCAUCGAUGCUGGGCAGCAGUUUGCACGAGGACACGCUGCUGCAGGAGUUUGGAGACUCCAACGGGAUCCAAAGUCGCAUCCAUCUCCAGGGGCUCUCGGCGGUGCCAGAGCCCCUGCAGCAGUCAGCCCAUACGGGAGGGACUGUGGAGAUGACCGCGGGGUUGCCAUCGUCGUUUAGCUAUGGGGUGUGCUCAAAAUCGGCUUCAUCGAGCCAGAGGUUUAAGAUCCCUUACCAGGUGACCCCCAGCCGAGAGAGUGGACCAAGCCAGGCGGAGAGGCGGCUGGAGGCGCUCACCUUGGAGCUGGAAAAGGAGUUAGAGAUGCACAUGAAAAAGGAAUACUUUGGUAUCUGUGUCAAAUGUGGGAAAGGCGUGUAUGGAGCCAGCCAAGCCUGCCAGGCCAUGGGGAACCUGUAUCACACAAACUGCUUCACCUGCUGCUCCUGUGGACGGAGGCUGCGAGGGAAAGCCUUCUACAACGUCAACGGGAAGGUCUACUGUGAGGAGGAUUUCCUGUACUCUGGCUUCCAGCAGACGGCCGAGAAGUGUUUCGUGUGUGGUCACCUCAUCAUGGAGAUGAUCCUCCAGGCUCUGGGCAAGGCCUACCAUCCUGGCUGUUUCCGCUGCGUGGUGUGUAAAGAGGGUCUAGAUGGAGUGCCUUUCACCGUGGACGUUGAGAACAACAUCUACUGUGUCAAAGACUACCACACGGUGUUUGCUCCCAAGUGUGCCUCCUGCAACCAGCCCAUCCUCCCAGCCCAGGGCUCCGAGGAAACCAUCCGGGUCGUUUCUAUGGACAAGGACUAUCAUGUGGAGUGUUACCACUGUGAGGACUGUGGUCUCCAGCUAAACGACGAGGAGGGCCACCGCUGUUAUCCACUGGAAGGCCACCUGCUCUGCCACGGCUGCCACAUCCACCGUCUCCAGUCGCAGGUCCCUGCCCACCUGCCCCCCAGCUACCCCCUCCAUGUCACCGAGCUGUGAGGGGGAGGAGGGUGGGCAGCAACCGUAGCCCUGCCUCCCAGGUGAUCCGAGACACCAGCAGCGGGGAAAGAAAGGGCCCGCACCCCCCUCCAGCAGCUCCAGGGAAGUCUCUGUGUGGCCAUCCGAGCUACCGCCCCUGUCCUCAACUGGACGGCCAGGCCGUGGACUAACUCCCACCAGCUCCCACCACAAGCCCUGCUGUCACAUGACGGGGCUGGGGAGGGGAGAAAAAAAAGGGGGUCCCCCUCCUCCUCCAUCUGCGGUCCUUUCCUCCCCCUCCCCCUUCCCCUUGGGUGCCUAACCCUGAAAGCAAACGCUGCGGCUCACCCAGAGGCCCCCGUUGACGUCACACAGCCUGACCCCAACGCAUUCAUCAAAGAGAGGGGUUGUUUUGGACCGGAGGAGAGGACGCAAACUCGUCUCUCUCCAUGCUUUCCCCCUCUCUUCCUUUCCAUGUUUUCCAUUCCUGCGCUCUGACUGAAGCGGGUCACCGCCGUGAAUUCUGCAGCGCUGUCACGACUGAGAACUCCAUUGACGUCGGCGUCAGGGAGGCCGGGGGAGCGAACGACUACAUUCCCGGUGCUGGCUGGACGGGACAGUUCCCGGGGGGGGCAUGCUGUGCCUUCAGAGCGGGCUCUCUCCGUGCAGCUUCUAACACUGAAAUGGAGUCCUGCUAAAGGCUAUGCAAAGCACACCCGGCAUCACGAGACAGGGCUGUGAGAAAAAAAACGAUUAGCUCAUCGCUCGUCAACCUGCAGCAGCCCGAAAUAACAGAUGCACCGUAGCGCCACAAGAAAGAACCGACUGACAUUCCACUUAGAAGUCUUAGACAAGACCUGGAGAGAUUCACAAGCAGUGUCUUAAUUAAUGAUUAUAUUGUGACGGAAAAAGAAAAUUGUAGAUGCACAUAGAAUGUCUUUUAUAUAUGAAUAUAUAUUUUGCAACUGUUUUCCACACAAGAUCAUAGAUGUAGAUUCUCCUUUCUUUCUUUUUUUUCAUUGCUGCACUCGCGAUAGAUUCAGAGGUGAAACGCAGUCUGAAGCCUCUGGAGAUUCUGUGUCUGUUGUAUCAUUUCUCCUCCAGGACACGGAGCCUCUUCAUGUCUGUCACUGGGUCACAGAUCCACUGGCUUUGUAGGAUCAAACAGUAUUCGCCUUCAAUUAUUUAUUUCCACUUUGAGUACCAAAUUUGUUGUUCCUAAAUCAGGUUUUUGGCUACAAAUGUAUUCCUUUUAAACUUUGCAUAUCCCCUCUUUCUACUGACUGUAGAGAGCUGUAAUAGUCAGACAUUUCUGCAUACCUUAAAUGUCACCGUCUUUGGUUAAAGCUCAGGUUAAACAUUGCAUUCAUUGUGAAUAUAAGUUACUAAAAAGUACAAGUGAAUUGAAAAAUCAUUGUUAUAGAUCUUGAUCACCCUGUAUGUUUGUAUUACAUUUGAUGCCAGCACUCUCAUGGCUGUAAAUGAAGCAGUAAUUGAAGUUCUAUGUAAUGCCAUGUAUUCUUCUUCUACCUAAUUCCCACAAAAUGUGAAAAUGCAUUUAUGGACCUUAUAUGGACCUUUAGACUUUUCAGACCUUCUGUCAAGGGUGCCACUAUUUUGCCAAGUUCUCACACUGAGCGCUAGGAUUAAGAUUUAAACCUAAUCCUAAAAUCUGAGCGUUUAGCUAUAAAUGGGUCUUUAAAUGCUGAGAUUUAGGGCCCUGUGAUGCAACACUAAGAAACUCAGCGGUCAUCGUAGAAACCAAAUGCCAGCUCAGGACAGAGAAAACGCAAACUAUGAAAAUCCAUUUAGGAACUCUGAAUGGAAAAGAUCCGGCUAAACAUCUGUAUGUUCAAAAUAUAACAGAAAGUGCUAGUAGCUUUCGGACAAAUAGAAAACAUGUGCCUCAUCAGAGGGAUAAAGAUCUGGACUAAAACUAAUUUCAUCAAUCAUAAACUUAUAUUUAAAGUGUUCUGACACCUAUCACUGUCUGCAUGUGGCCCAUCUGGUACUCAAAGAGGAAUACAACUAAUUGAAUGGUUUAUUUGCAAAUUCCUUUUGCUCGACACUGUUUCCUGGAAAGCUUUCCAGACACUGUUUAUUGUCAUAUGAGCACCGAGAGUGCAGUGUGUUACUGUGAGGAACCGCAUGCCUUAAGACAGAACAAGUAUGUUUGUGUGUCUCGCUCUGGUUUGCCGUGCAGUCUGCUGUUGUGUUGUGGGAGGACGUCUCUGAACACCCGGAGCUGCUGGUCCCACCCACGUUUUUCGGGAGUUCGCCCCAUGUUUCCCUUGCUGGUUGUGUGCCUGUGUGUGUGUGUGUGUGUGUGUGUAAAACAAAAACACUUGAAACUCUGAGCUGUGGUAGUGCAGGAAAAAAUAGUCCCAAGUCAUCAAGUUGUUUUUUGGGGGGGAUUGAGGAAACUUUGCGUCACCCUUGCGCCGAGCAAAAAUCUGAGGUACAUAAACACCAACUAUGUGUGCUUAUUUCAAAUAUCAGCAUUGUGUGUGUGUGUGUGUGUGUGUACUAGUGGCAGGGCCAUGGCACAUGCACAUCACUGUGUUUGCAGGGCAGCGCAGCAACCAACACAAUGACCUGCUCUCUCUGUGAGUGAGGACUGCGUUAUACCUCCCUCCAGAUGUUUGUGUCUAAUUCUUGGUGUGUGUUUGAACAUCUGUCCAGCACCAUGUUGGCGGUGUGUUCCAGUUGCUGAUAUGUCAUCCUAUGACCGUAGCAAACUCCACCAAUCUGGUAUUCCCGCAGUAAAACAAUCGCCAAGCAUUAUAUGCAAAACACUGGUUGUUCGUCAUACUGCAUUACUGUACAAGCAGGUCUGAAUAAAUACUACUGAAUGUGUCAAAAACAGUGACUGAAGGUAGGGGUCACCACAAGCAGAAAGUGCUUUCUAAUGUAACCCGAUGUAAUGAGAUUCAUUCCAUGUAAUAAUGAUUAGUGUUGUAUAUUUUGUAAAAGCAGAAACGAAAAGGACUGCGUAUGUGAGACAUUCCCAGUGUCAUUUGAUUAACCUCAAUUUUGUGUGAGGGUUCUGGUCAAGUAAUGUGUGCUAUACUUGAAGAAUGAGGCUCUUUUUCUUUUCUUUUUUUUGUUUACUUGUCUGCACAUUAUCAACCCCCAUGACAAACUUAACAAGAUCAGAGUGUAUCCCCUUUAAAGAGAAUUAAUUCACCCUUUUAAAAAGUACUACUUGAGUUUCUAUUGCAUAGCACACAGCUAGUUACCCUGUACAUAAAGAGGCUAGUUUUGUAUUUUAUUUUUCUGUCAAAAUAAUCACUUGCAAAGAGAAGACUUCUUCUUCUCCUACUGGUAGUUCCAACAAGCACAUCUGUCACACAUCUUUUGUAUCUCUGAAGUGUUUUGAUUACCUAGAUGGUUCAUAAAAAAGGAAACUAGAUCUAUUUAUCUAAACAUGAAAAGUCUAAAGUUAUUUAAUGUAUUAAAAAUCGGGACGUAUCAUUUAACCGUAGAUGACAUAAUCUGCUUUUUCAAUAAAGUGGUUUUGUAGCU